ACAUUCAUCAAAAUGAUGUCACUGGAAGAUACGAAGAUGACAAUUCUAGCGCAUGCGCUUAACAAAAUCAUAUUAAGUUGACGUUUCUUGUCAAAGGGGCGUACAAAUUAUCAACAAAACAGACGCCAUUUUGCUAAAAUUGAAAUAUCCAACAAAGUAGAAAGAGAUUUUAAAUAAAUCUAAAACAUCCAAACUUUUUUUUGGGAACGUAUCGGAAGUAAUGUGUCUGUGAUAAAUAGUAAAAAAUAUUAAAGCGAUAUUUUCGUCGAAACUGAUAUGUAUUAAAUUUAUCUUUUGUGUUAUUAAAGAGAGUUAAACGUAGCUAAAGAAGAAAAACUAUUAGUGAUUUAAACAUGAGUACGAAAGAUGAUGAAUACGAUUAUUUAUUUAAAGUUGUCCUUAUUGGUGAUUCUGGUGUAGGAAAAAGUAACUUAUUGUCAAGAUUUACUAGAAAUGAAUUCAAUUUGGAGUCUAAAUCUACUAUAGGUGUCGAAUUCGCUACCAGAAGUAUACAGGUGGAUGGUAAAACUAUUAAAGCACAAAUAUGGGACACGGCAGGUCAAGAGAGAUACCGAGCAAUCACGGCGGCCUAUUAUCGUGGUGCAGUCGGUGCUCUACUCGUCUACGAUAUCGCCAAACAUCUGACAUACGAAAACGUUGAACGUUGGUUGCGCGAAUUGCGCGACCACGCAGAUCAGAACAUUGUGAUCAUGUUGGUCGGAAACAAAUCCGAUCUGAGGCAUUUGCGCGCCGUGCUGACAGAAGAAGCUAAGGCUUUCGCCGAAAGAAACGGCCUCAGCUUCAUCGAGACUUCAGCCCUAGAUUCGACCAAUGUCGAUAAUGCUUUCCAAAAUAUACUCACAGAGAUCUAUAGAAUUGUUUCCCAAAAACAGAUCAGAGACCCUCCGGAAGGUGACGUAAUCCGACCACAAAACGUAGAACCAAUAGAUGUAAAACCAACUAUGAACUCUGAUGGCGUGCGCAAACAGUGUUGUCAGUAAUAAUAAAUAAUUAGCAAUAAUAUGCAUGUUACACUAAAUAUGGAUUUCAGCCGGUAGUGCCGCCUUGUCCAACUCACUGUGGCUAUUUAUCAUUUAUUUUAAGUAUUACCAGAAGCUCUACACUUCUCGUUUAGCUAAACAAUUGGCAAUGCGGAUUACCACCAAAACUUUAUUUAUAUGCUAAGCACUUAGUAUGCUAUCCAUUAUAAGUUUGUACAUUAUAAUUAUAUCUCUCAUUUGAUACUACUUUGAAUAUAUAUGGAAAAUAUUAUAUAUAAUUAAAAAUAAUAAAAGAGGUUUACAUUAUUUAUGUUUAUAAAAGUGUAUGUCUUAGAAUCGAAGACGUAUAUACUCUAUUUGUAUUUAUAACCUUCAACAGGUGCAUAUUUAUUGUUAAAUUAUGUUGAAAUCAUGUGUAUUUUACUGUAUUAAAAUAUGCUGGAAUAUCUAUUUCUUUUUUCCUUAGACAAAAAUGUAGCUUCCCUGGUUUCAUUGAUAUGAGAGCAAAAAGAUUUUUAAAACAUAGAUCUUAACAAAACAGUUAUUUUCCCUUGGUCAAAAGAUAUUUUCUAUAUACUGAUGAUCCCAAAAAUCAGAUGCCUCGUUGGACAUAAAACUUUAAAUAAACAAAUUGGGUUCUCAUAGCUUCUAUGCAAUAAUUCUGUUUUAAAUAGUCGCUCGAUUUGUUUACGAUGUACAGUUUUGUUGCAGUAAUUUCGUAACUUUUGUAGCUCACUUGUCAUCUAGAUAGCAGUCCCAAAUAUACUAGAGCCAUUCGUAUACUCCCAUAAAUUUUAAAAAAGACAGUUUUAUUUUUGCUCUUUUUGUUAUACAUAUUUUUAAAACUUUUAAAACGCUAUUUUUCCAGAUAGUCGCCAUUUCUGUCCAAACACUUUUGCAGACGAUACUUGAACCGUUAUAGAAUUCUACCUCCAAUUUUUUGAGGAAUCCAGUAACUUCUUCCUUGACUUCAUCAUCGAUAGUGAAGUAAGCCACCCAAGUGUUCUUUUAAUUUUGGGGAUAAUUCAGUAAUAAUCAUUUGGUGCUAGGCCUGGAAUGUGGAGGGGGGAUGGAACACAACAGUCCAGCCAAAAUUCCCCCACCAUCAGUUCAGUUUGAUGUAAGACAUGAGGUCGAGCAUUGUCAUGGAGAAGCCUCACACCACUGGGCAAUCGUCCUCACCGUCCGUUGUGGAUCAUGUCUCAGUCUUUUUCAUGUUUCGCAAUGUCUUUAGGAUUUAACUGUUGUUCCAUGAGGCAAAAAGUCGAUGAAAAGGCUUUUUCUGUCCCAAAAGACGGUUACUAUAAGUUUCCCAGUCAACUGCAUUUGUUUACAUUUCUUCGGCUUCAGCGAAGUUGAGUGAUGCCAUUCACGUGGUUGCUGCUUGGCUUCGAGGAUAAAGUGAAACACCCGUGUUUCGUCACCUGUAAUAAUGGAAUCCAAAAAUUCUUCCUUGUUGUAUUCACAUUGUUGCAAAAACUGCUGGUCACACUCGACAUGGUGCCUGUUCACAUUAGAGAUGUUGAAAAAGUAUCUAUUCGUUACAAAGUAUGUACUCGUUACUUACUAAUACUGAAAGUAACGGAUCCUAUACAGAGAAGCAAAUCGUUACUUUGAUUACUCUGAUUACUUCGUACCAAUCGUAUCAGAGCGAGUAACAACUAUUGUAUCUACAACCAGUACACUUGAUUACUUUCUACCAAUCGUAUCCCAGCGAGUAAUGGAUGGGACCGGUAUUUUACUAGUGUUGUCGAAUACCGUUAUCGGUAUGAAGCGUCUUAAGGGUGUGAGGGUGAGGAGAAGAUAGAAGAUGAAACAGAGGGAGGUAUAAUGGUAUACGUAAAAUAUGUAAUGUAAGUUAUUAACAAAGAUCGAAUGCGAGAACCCUAUAUUGUUAUCUAGAUCUACGCCAUUUGUCGAUGUAGAUUAGAUAGUAGAUCUUGUUAUAUCGGAAUACCUAUACAAAAUACUUACCUACCGAGAAAUACGAUUCUCGAUAUGAUUACCGGUACUCAAAUACAAAAGUAACAAAAGUAAUCAUAGUAACGAAUACUGUAAAUGAUUACUUUAUACAAAAGUAACGAUUUGUAACGAAUACUCGAAAGUAACUAUAAUCAACAUCACUAGUUCACAUGUUGUGAUAGCCUAAUUAUUUUUCUAUUAAUGUCUUAUGAAUCGUGGUGUGAUAAGUCUCAGAAAUACGGAAAGCAAGGUCCAUAAUGGUGAACCUCUGAUCUUCAAGCAAUACUCUUUCAACUUUUUCGACAAUUUCGUCUUUCGAAAUUAAAGACUUUCCAAACUUCAUCGUGAAUUUCUGUUUGGCCUUCACUGAAUUUUCUACCCCAUUUGCGAACAUGAUGAACGGAUAUGCACUUUUCCCCAUAAACUUGGAUUAACUGACGAUGAAUAUCAAUAGGUGCAAUCCAUUUUGCGGUAACUCCAUCUUCGAAGGUUGCUAGGCCGGCACUGAGCAAUGCAGCGAGGUGAGAGUGGUGGGGGAAGAGAGAGGGAGAGUUGUUGCGUAAUGCAGUGUUACCAGAUUUCUCCCAGUAUGUCACAUUCUUUCUCAGCCAUAGGGAACCUCUUUUUAUGAAUGACCUUUAUACUAUAAUGCUCUGUGAUCUUAAAAUCUGCAUUGUUUAUAUGAUUUUGGUCCUAGGUCACUCUUUCUGGAUGCUUGCCAAUAUAACAAUAUCACCUGCAUACCUAUAAGUUUCUAUCGUUUUAUAUCGUAACCCAUAUUUAUAUUUCUUUGAUAUAAUCAUUCACCACUCGCAUUGUAUUUACAACACUUCCUUUUGACUUAACAUCUGAAAAUUUGUUAACUGCUUUUUAAAAUUUGACUCGCGAUAAAAAUCUUUGGAGCUACCUAAAUCAUUUAGCUACCGAAGGAGCCCACCUCAAAAAAACAUCUUUUUGUUCGCAUUAUCGAAGUUGAACCAGUUUCUUUUCUGAGUUCUGCCAUGUUAAAUAUUGUAACGACAUUAACAAAAAUGUACACAGUUAACCUUACUUCAAUUUUAUAAAUAAUACGUGACUGUUUAGGAAAUUUACAAUUAAAUAGGUGGGUCAAUUUAUGUAGUACGAUUUCUGGAUGUAGAUUAACGAAAUCAAUUCUGGUGGUAAAGAUCAACACCAAAGUGGAUACUAUAUAACUUAAAAGCAUUACAGCCUUUUGUGUAUUAUAUCGAAUGGAUAAAGAAAAUCAAAACUUGCUUUGAGAUCCGGAAUCCGUUUGAUAAAAAAAGUGUAUUUUAACUUUUCAGAUAUUCCCUUGAUCAUACAUUAGUAGCUGUAUUCGCGGAGCAAAUCCUGGAUAAACCAGAGGGAGAACGCAAGCGCAUUACAGAAAACAGAUUCUGAACGUGUCCGGGAUACCCUCUAGCUAGACGUUCGAGGUUUUUGUUUCGGAUUUUAAGUUCGCACAAUCGCACAAAAUACUUGGGAAGAAUCUCUUAAAGAAUUUCUUGACAUUCUGUCUAAUUUUUAACCUAAAAUAUUGUUACAGCUUGCAAAUUCUGGUUUUUAAAGAUUUAAAGUUAUGUAAAGUGUUGUAUCAUUUAAAUAUCCUUCAACAAAUUUUAAUAUUUUUUAUAUUAAACCCAUUUUAGUUUUUUUUGUCGAAUGUUUUCCAUCUAGAUGGGCUUGUUUAUAAGUAUUCUCGUAUUAUUAUCUUUACUUUUCAUUCGAUAAUUAUAUAUUAUAAUAAAUUGUAUCUAGAUGAGUUUUUUUUCGGCUUUGGCAGAGCCAAUUAGCCAGACUUGUUUGUGAUUGAUUGCAGAUUCAUAGUCAUACAUUUCUUAUUUCAUGACGUAAGUAGUAAGUACUACAAUUUUUUUUUGAUACAACAUAUUAUUAUAUUAUAUUUUUUAUUAUAUAUUUCAAUUUGUGGUAAUUACUUUUUUUUACUUCUAUUUUUUUGUUAUUUUUUUACUUGUUUUUUUUUUCUUUUUUUUUUCUUUUUUUUUGUUUCUAUUUUUUUUUAUUUAUUUAUUAUUUUUUUUUGUUAUUAUUAUUUUAUUAUAUAGGGUGUCCCGGAAAAUAGUGCGUUCCUUUAAGGUAUGGAUAGAACACACAAUUUAGAACAAAAAAGUCCUAUACCAUUUUUUUCUAAACUUAACCGUUUCCAAAAAAAAGAUUACAUUGGUUUCCAUAUACCUGAAUUUUAAUCUUCAGAAAAUUAAAUAAUCUGGCAACAUGUUACGCACUGGUGAAUAAGAACUCGUUUGUGUCUUACAGUAUUUAAAAUAAUCCAACCUAAUACUUACUAUUUUUGUUUACUAUAAUUUUUUUUAAAUGUAGUUGAAAUAUGGCAUAAUUUUAAACGAAUUAUACUUACAUAUUUUAAGAUGAAAUCACAUGUUUUAAAUGAACCACCACUUUUGCGAACACAUGAAUUCAUAGAGUAACAUGCACUCAUACGACGAGAAAUUCCAGCAAAACAUUUUGAAAGAAUUUUAGUAGGUAUUAUGCCUCUCCAUUUAUUGAUCUGCCAUAAAUAAACAUCAUAAUAUCAUAAUAUUACUCAUGAACACACGAUUCAAAAACAUUUUCGGCGUUGACACUAAACAGGAUUCUUCCAAAUUAUCUGUUUACUAAACAUGGGACUAUUUACGUUUAGAUUUUUGUACUUCACAGAGUUGCCAGAUUUGAAUUUGCGUUCCAAAAUGUUUUAUAGUUUUUUGGUCAAACGGUUGAAUUUAGAAAAAAAUGUUAUAAGAGGAGUUUUUUGUUCUACAUGGUGCCUUCUACCUAUACCUUUAAGGAAUGCACUAUUUUCCGGGACACCCUGUAUAUGUUCUUUUUUUAUAUAUUAUUUUUUUCUUGUUAAUUUUGUCAAACCAAAUUAACAAAUUAUUUCUAGUUUACAACUUGUAUUUACAUGAUUUAACAUGUUUAUAAAUGAGAUGAAGAAUUUCCAUAUUAUCAUUUGUAAAUAUUAAAGUAUUAAGGUUUAUUGGGAAACAACAUUUUAAAUUUUGUAAUUCCUUAUAAAGGUAGUUUAUGUUAUUUAUCUCUAAAUGACAUUCUAAUAUGACAUGUGUUAGAUCUCCGAUUUUGCCACAAGUACAAUUGGGAGUAUCUGCCAAGCCGAUUCUAUGUAUGUAAGAUGGAGUAAGAUGAGGUUUAUAAAUAUUCUUGUAAUAAUUACAGAAUUUAAUUCAGUUAAUAAAUAUUCAGUUGAAUUUAUGAGUUAAAUAACACCUUAAACUUAUUCAGAGACUGUUUCUAGUAUCAUGUUAUAUUUUAUUAGCUUUUGGUGUAAUAAACCACAACCUAUCAAAUUCAAUAUCAAAAUUAUUGGAAAUGAUUCGUAACUAAAUUAUUACUUCCUUCAGCUAAUUUUCAACCCCCUGGAAAAAAAGGUAAUUUUUAUAUCUAAAUACCAAGCUGCAAUUUCCAGAUAAUUCUCAACAAUAUUUAUACAAAAAUUUAAGCGGGAUUAUGGCGUGUAAAUACCAAAUAAUAUUAUCGAAAUGAAAUACGCUAAUCAAAUUUCUUUCUAAACUUUCUAAAAAAGGUUAAUUCAUUGCCUGCUAUUCUCUUUGCUAUUUCUAUUGUUGACUUAAAAAUGUGUUGCAUUUGCAUUUUUUGUCGACAUUGACGCCUGCGCCUUGGGAAACUAAUCCCGAACUUACUCAUUUCGGGGUAUGCUCAGCGAAUACAGCUAUUGUGUCACUUUGAUAAAACCCGCCUUGACGCAGUUGCAUCAUUUCCUCCUAAAUGUAAAAAUUUAAAUUUCUAAAAUUGAAUCUUGUUUACACAUUUUCGCAUUUAUUUACCUACAUAUCACUUUUCACAGUAUGCAAUUACCAUACUACGUGUGAUUUUUCCAAAUUGGGUACGCGGCUUAUCUUGCUGUCAAUUCUCGUCAUUUGUUCGUCGAUUUUAAUUGUGGUAAAUAAACUCGUUAUAACUCCUCACCUCUCCUGGAAAAUUUAGAAUGAUUAUUCAUGAAUCUCCUGCUGCAAUGUUCUCCUGCAUUGCCGUUUGUAUGAAAGUCUUCAACAUUAAGAAAGUAGCAUGAAAAAAUAUUUUACAGACUUUAAAUAUACCCACAAGACACCUAUUGGAACUGGUAAAUAACAAAUAUUAUGUCAACGUGGAAUGAAGUAAACGCUUCUGUUGUAUGUAGGCAUAUGAAUUUAUUAAAAUUCUUAAAAUUUAUCCACAAGGGAGUGGAAGUACAAAACGUUUUCGGUCAAAUUGACCAUCAUCGGUGUAAACGUCCAGUGUACAAGUAAUUGUAACUAGCCACUUCAAUAGGUGUAAAAACCUUUAAAUUACAUUAUUGUUACAUUCUAUAUUAAAAAGUGGUCGACAUUAAGUCGAUGUUUUAAGAUUUUAAAGAUCACAUGUGAAUGUAUUUCACCAACUUGGUCGUUAACUUCUCACUAGAACACAAGUAGCUUGUGCAAUUUUCGAGCAAGGAUGAAAUAUAUUCACAUGUGAUCUUUAAAAUAUUAAGACAUCGACUUAAUGUCGACCACUUUUUAAUAUAUGUAGAAUGUAACAAUAAUGUAGUUUAGAGGUUUUUACACCUAUUGAAGUGGCUAGUUACAAUUACUUGUACACUGGACAUUUACACUGAUGAUGGUCAGUUUGACCGAAAACGUUUUGUACUUCCACUCCCUUGUGGAUAAAUUUUAAGAAUUUUAAUAAAUUCAUAUUCCUACAUACAACAGAAGUGUUUACUUUAUUCCACGUUAUUAUAUUGAAGGUAUACAGCCAACUACGGGGUUUACCCCUUUUUAAAGUAACAAAUAUGUAACACAUAGUUCUAUCUACUACAUAGAUUGAUCCACAUUUUGGCAAAAUCUGCACACUGGACAUUUUCUCCUAAUACCUAAGCAGUGUGUAAGAUUGUAUGUGAUUUUUGUAGGUAUUGUAGACAUAUUCAUAAAGGUGUAGAUAAUGUUCUGUUACAUAGGCCAUACCGAUUACUGUUUUAUUUGGACAUCUUGAACAAAUGGUAUCAUUGUUGUCAACUGUAAUAUAAGCUUCUUAUUAAAAUUAUAAAUUUAAUUUUUAAAUAAAACUUUCUGUAACACAUA